CGAAACGCUCUCUCUAUUACCCACUUGGUUUUGGUAGAAUCGCGCACAGUAGCGCCAAGGGGCAAGUGAACGCGCAGUAAAUCCCACAAACGACAAAUCUAGAAUCGCAUAUUAGCGUGGCCAUAUUAUUGGUAUAUCAGUACAGUGGCGUAGUAUUUUAAAGGAAACGUGAUAGUGCUCGUUGCUGGCGGUAUAAUGAGCCUUGGUUCGUCUCUUACAGACUACCUCUACACAAGGAACCCCUGCUGAGUAUCAACUUUGACGGUAAUUCCAGUUAACAGCUCGUGUGCGUCCAGUAUUGCAUUGACUACUCCUGGAAGUGCUGAGAAAACUCUUUUACAUCAAUAGGGUGUGACCAAACAACAAAGUGUUUUUUCGUCAAAGUGGAUACCAAUAUAUCAGAAUAAGGUCGGACGGGCUAACCCAUAUACCGGAGGUGAAGAUUCGCUAUUUUGUGCGUGCCAUUAAAUUGCUACAAUUGCCGAUAAGGCAGUUAAGUCAACAUUUAUUAGGAGACAACUACUCUGUUAAAGAAAUCGUUGGAAGUUCUGUCAUCUGAUGGAGAACGGAAUAAGCUCAUCAGGGAACGGAGCUGCGUCUUCAAGUGCUCAUGGCGACAUGAAGAAGCACAAAAGCUCUUCCAAGUCCAAAAGACAUAUAGAAAACAAGAAGUCAUCGACGGUGGUUGAGAGCGAGGGCCGCAUGGUAAUGCUGGAUAAGCCGAUGGGCGCUUGCGCAAGAGCUUUCCUCAACUUGUUUGUUCUUCUCACCGAGAUCGUGCUGUUAGGGGUUUUGACGGUCACACUGUUCUGGGUGUUCCAUUAUGAAGGUGGAGUGGCAUGGACCAACGACAUUAAACGGCAGUUUAAUCUUCACUUUAUUCUUAUGAUUGUUGGUUUGAUUUUUCUCAAUGGACAGGCAAUCUUGACUUACCGACUGUUUGGUUGUUGUCGCCGAAUCUACGCGAAGUUGACUCAUGCGUUCUUGUUUCUUAGCGCUGCUAGUUGCGUCGCCAUCGGAUUUUAUGUAGCGUUUGAGGCCAACGAGAGGGUUCACAAGGGUGCUCACUUCUAUUCACUUCAUUCGUGGCUCGCCAUUGUCACUUGCGGACUUUUCAUUAUGCAGCUCUUGGUUGGACUGGUUUCGUUCCUGAUUCUCCUCUGCUGCGACGGAGCUACUGCUUCUUUCCGAGCCGCUCUUGUUCCCGUGCACGCGACUUUUGGGCUCAUUAUUUUCGUACUUGGAUCAGCUACCACUCUUACCGGUUUUAUGCAGGCCGCCCGAGCCAGGCUCAAUGGACAGAACCAGAAUGCAGAUUAUAGGGAUUAUCCUGAACAGGGUUGGAUCCUUAACGCACUCUCUGGCGGGGUUGCGCUUCUAAUUAUUCUUCUUCCGCUGGUCGCCCGGAAUAAUAUUCGCGGGGGAAGGGCUGUAUUCACUACAUCUGGCUCCGUUGCCGCUGUGGAUAUGAGCUAAAUGCCGAUACGGAACACCAGAAGCUAACGAAAACGACCUCACUGGAGUUCAAAUCCAAAGUUACAAGGGGGUAACCACGGAAAUUACGGAAAAUCUAGCAGCAUUUAUUGCACUCAUUUUAUCAGAAAAGACAAAAAAUUCAACUGUUAAAUCAGAUAGUAUCACCGAUGCUGUCCAGAAAUGCUUGGCACACCGCCAGGAUGGAUUUGCGAUGAUUGCACAGCCAAGUUUGUAGAAUUUUAGUUCUAGGAUCACCUAUGUACCGCAUUCGUAGGUCCUGUAAAUGAUAUGUGUAAAUAGCAUUUAUACGUCAGUUCGUACGAUGACCUCAGCAGACAAUAUAAACGUUAUUAGACAAUUGCUUGAAGAAGGAAAGUUGUUGCCUGUGAAUUAACCUACAGGGCCUUUGUACUGUGCGUAAAAACAAUUUUAUAUAGAACUUUAAAAACCCUGUCUUGUACAACUGGUGCAAAAACGACAAGGAGCCUUAGAACGAUAAGCAGGCAGGACCUUCUUGACUGCUUUCGAACAUGAAUUGAGCGGAGAACAAAAAGGCUACUUGACUAUACAAUCUUCUCGCCAAAAGUGACAGUUCCACUGGUUAGUAAUGGUUGUCUUGUAGCUAAAGUAAAUAGGGUCGUGUGCCAGAAUUUUAGUUUUCAUGAUAAACUCUGGUUGAGUUAUCGAACAGGAGAAUUUUUGCAUCUCUCGCGUAUUUAUGACUCCCCUAAAUCGCUGCAAAUACCUCGUCUCAAAAAUAUAAACAUAUUUCUAAUUGACAUGACAAUCUUUGUCUACAAGCACAGGCUGAUAUAAAAAUGCAUCAUUUUAAGGACUACUGUCUACUAACGAGUCGUAUUAGAUAAUUAAAUAAAUACCGUAACCUGAAAAAAUUAAGUGUUUGAAAGGCAAGCUCAUUCGAAUCAAUUAUGUCAACGCAGUACACGAAAUAUUCCAUAGGACCUUGUAAUAACUAGCGAUUAGUCUCUUGAAAUUGGUACUUUAAAUACUUUCGAAAAAAGAGUGCUGAUGAAAUGCUGUGUUUGUUAUUUUACAUAUUGAAGUGGUAAUGUGGAUACCAAAUUCAGAACAGAAUAUUUAAAUUACUUGCGGAAAAGGACUGUGUUUAACGACAAUAGUUUUUGACGGCUGGAACUACCAUUACCAGAAGGUGGAUGAACAUUUCUAAAAACAUCAUAGUAGACUGAAUUUAUCUGUUCGGCCGUGCCUCGUUAAACAUUUCGCUAAACAUUUUCUCUCUAUUUUUAUGGUAAUACUAAAACUGAACGCGCCAGAUUGUAACCACAGGAUAGUUGUAAAUAUUUCCUGUAUAUAUAUAGAUUGCUUAAAACUAUUACAAAAGUUAGUGCUCUUUAAAUUUUUGAGAACAUUUAAUAUUUUAUACUCUAACAUCAUAUUAUCUAAUUAUAUUAUCGACAUCAGAUAGUUAUGUUAGCUGUUUUUGUUCGAUAUUUUUUGAUUUGUUAUGUAGUACUCGAACUAUUUGGUAUUAUUAAACAUACAUUCGUUUGUAGUUUUAUACAUGCCUUGCUGAAUGCAUGAUUAUCCAAUAAACAGACUCGACAGACAAAUUCGAGUACCUUUCACAUAAAAUUGUAUCGUCUCUUUAUGUCGCGUUUAGGUCGCACCAAAAUAAAUACUCCCUGGAGUUCAGUAAUUUCCAAAGGUACAUUAUUUAAUACUAUAUUUAAUCAAAACUACUAUUAAAUAAUGCAUGUCUUUUCAAUAUGGCAGAAAAAGAUCUGUGCUGCCCUUGGAUUG